UCUCAUGUGACAGGACCGGCCCUUUGGGUAACCGCCGCAUCCAACCAAAACCUAUGCACAUUCCCUCCUCCCUGCUCAUUUUACCCCCUCCCCGCUCAUUUCCGGGAGUUAAUAAGAGUGACCCUCCGGAGACGCAGAGGCUCCACUUUCGCAAGAUCUCCCCCCCCGGUUUUGACGCCGAACAGCGCCCCGAGCACCAAGGGGAAUCAUGCCCGUGCCCAAGAAAGCAGGAAGAAAAAACAGCGCAGCUGCUGCAGAAGAAAAGCUGCCGCCGUACGAGCCAAAUGUCCCUGAGCCGACCACCAGGCCCGACUUCAUGAAAUAUUGGUUCCGGCUCUCCCUGGACGACAAGACUGCACAGAAACUGUUGUGGAUAUCCGAGGCUGGCUCGAAGGUGGCUCGUACGUCCGACGCGGUCUGCCCCUAUCCCAACAGGCCCGAGAGAUAUGAUCACUCGCCGCAGGUGCUGUGUAAGGAGGGUCUGCUCGGCUAUCGAGGGUACUGGGAGGUGGACUACGACGGCUGGGUGGUGAUCGGGGUGGUCUGCGAGAGCGCACCCCGGAAGGGCCAGGAGGGGUCCUGCGGCCUCGGGGAGAACGGCAGCUCCUGGGGCGUGGGGUGGUCCGGCUCCUGCUACCAGGUCUGGCACAACGGCGAGAACGUGGACGUCCAGCUCCCCCCGUCCUCCACCAUGGGCGUCUACGUGGACCAGCCCGCCGGCAUCAUCAAGUUCCUCUCGGUGGAGGGAGAGGGCGAGAAGGAGGUGCGACUGAUUCACAAGUUCAAAGCCAACAUGCAGGAGAAGAUUCUCCCCGGGUUCUGGGUUGGCACAAAUUCGUUCUGCCUCAUUCGAAAAAAGGAUCAGUGACAGAUUAGAGGGUGUAGCCCGCGGGGUGGGGUGGGGGUCAGGCAGUGUAAAUUUAAGAAGGUGUCGGGAGGGGGCAGGAAAGCUCGGUUGUCGAACGAGCGUCGGCGUUGUGGAGCAGAGGCGAAGCACGUGGUGACAUCUGUGUAGAUUGCGCUUGCUCUCUCUGGUGCAUGAAGAAAGCUGAUUCACUUCAUAGUAUAUCCGAAGGUGCCUCAUGACUUUGUUAACUAUUGUGUAUCUAUUCAUGUAUUUUAUUUAAUUUAGAAAAUAGGCAAAGUUGCGUGUUUUUAUUACACACAGGGCUUUGCAUGUACUAGAGCGCCUGUUUAACUUUAGAGCCCAUAAUCUUUUUUUUUUUUAAUGUGCUGAAUGUAGUCAAUAAAUUCAACUGUUGUGUAACAACACUGACACCAGGCUAUUUUUGUAUGAUACUGCACAUCGGGGUUGGGCAGAGAUCAGACAUUAGCUCGUUUUCCUCACUUGUACAGCAGAGUGCUGAGGUCCUCUAGAGGACUGCAACAAUACUGCAUCCUCACACACGACUUAUACGACCGAGUGUUCUCUCUCUCUCUUGGUGUUGCUCCUUUAUUUGAAACAUAAAAAGUACUUAACGGAACAUUUAUUUGUUUUUGAAAUGUCAGAGAUGGACAUUUGUUCCUUUGAAAUCAACCCAUUUGUUUCUCUCUCUCUCUC